AUGCAUAACUAAAUUAAGACUAAGUACAAUGUUGAUAGAUAGAGUAUGUCAUAAUAUUGAGUUAGAUUUAUAUUUUGCAGAUAACAAAAUCAGCUUGGCUUUUUGUUAAUAUGAAAGGAUGAGACCAUUUGGUUUGAAAUAACAUGUUGAUUGUGAUAGUGACUACGAUGAUCCUCCAACGAAAAUGAUCGAUAUCACAAAACUACCUAAUGGAUAGUUCAAAGAUAGAAGUAAGUUUCAAGUUAUAAUAAGGAUACAUGCACAAUGACGAGUCAUUUUUUGUAUAAAUGGGUGGAAAGAAUAGAGAAUUAAUUGCCUAGAAAAUCAGAUCGAGGCUAGAAAGUAGAUAGAGUCCUAUGACACAUAGGGGUAAUUGGUGUUUCUUUUAUGAUUAAAGCUAGAAAGUCCUAUUUAUGAUCAAAGGAUGAUCAAAAAGGCUUUAAAAUGUCAACAACUGAAAUCAUCAAAUUCUGCAAGGUUUUUUCGAAUACAGUCUCCAAAAUUAUCUCCCAUAUGUAGAAUUGAAGUGAGACCGAUGAGUGGAGAGGAUGAAGAUGUGAAAAAUAUGACGUAGUUUAGUUCAGCACAGUAAAAACUUUUUAGAAUACUGCUCAAGAAAUGA